AAUGUGAAACAGUAUCUAGGUACUUUUCACUCUGUAUUUGCCCAUUGCUAGCUGUCACGCCUACCUGAUACUAUACUUUUAUUCUCGUCAAGGAGAUGCCUGAAUCCAAUAACCUCAGCUGCCUGGUUUAUUCCUUGGUUCGAGAUGUGCGAGUUUACUUCAGGCAACAAGUAGGAUCCAAGGAUUGAAGGAUAGGCAGUACAAAAGAUAUCGCCUGAAUUACUCAUAGACUUAUUCUUUUCUUCUACCCAUUCUCCAAUGCUUCAUUUUCAACGACUUUGGUGCACCUGAUUUAUAUCUUCCAUUCUCUCACUCUAACCUGAUGAUGGCUUCCCAACACGAUUCCCACUCGGAGAGGGAAGAGGCCUUGGACUUGGAACGUCCAGCAGCCGUCCAGCUGGAAGAUAGCUGCUGCGAGUCCAUCACCGAGACACCAGCCGUGAACAAGGAGGUUGGUUUCCCAGACCCCAACCCGCCACCCAAGUACUGCGCCAGCCACAUCUCCUUUGGCACGGGGGUGCCGACCGAUGAGCAGCUGGAGCGUGCUCGCAACCGGGGGAAAUACUCGUGCGCCAGCGUGGGUGUGGUCGUGUGCACCAUCAUUACGGUGUUUAUGGUCAUGCUGGUCUCGCUGGGGAUCUUUUUCGUGAUUGUCUUCAAGCAUAGCCAGAACAAGGCAAAUAACGACCUCUUGCAGAAGGAACUCGAGCUCGCCAAGGACUUGGAAAUGGAUCUGGAUAUGCUCACUGCUGUCGAGACGGUUCCCACGGCUUCCAUCUUCGAGGAUGAUCUCUCUGAUGAGCGGAUGACGUCUCUGGAUGAUGCCGUCUCAGCGACUACAACUCAACCGGAGAUCAGGGAUGGGGACAAAAAGACGACGACGAGGACCUGGACGAUGCAUACUGCCGAUGGUGCGUUUCAGCCAAUGAUUCAUUCUGCGGUGGUUGAGAGGACGGGCUUCAUCACGGUGCCGAUCCGUCAGACGGCUGAUACUCCGGUGCAGACGAUGAAGUGAGGUGGAAUCAGAGGGGAGAUGGAAAAUUAUAUCUAGAUUGUCAGACUGCAUUAUGUUUGACUAUUCCUUGCUUGUGAUGUCGAAAUGAGAAAGACUUUAUCAUAUAGUUCCUGAAGUCAGGUUGACUUUAUCUGCUAUAAGAAAUAUUUAAUGAAUAUGAUUAGUACUCAUAGUCUGUUUUUUGUCAUCAGUCCAAGGAUUGUAAAAGCUAGAGCGGUCGAGGGACUUCUCGUUGAAGCACUCGUUUGGUCUUCAGAUCCUGUACGGUA